AUGGCAUCCAAUGGCAUCAUAAAUGAGAAGGAAAACCCUGUCUUCAAGCAAUACGGCCUUCCGCCAUAUGGAACCAUCGGCAGCAACACCCCUGGACCUCAUCCCUCCUCAGAAACCCGACCGGUGAACUACGAAGAAUGGAACCGUCCUGGCCAAACUGGAUACGUUGUGUCGCCACAUCUGAUAGGCGAGCCACGGCAGGGGAGAUUCAAAAUCGUCGUAAUUGGUGCCGGUGCCGCAGGGAUAGAUUUCCUUCAUCACGCGCCCAAGGCUUUGGCAGGCCUAGACGUUGAUAUUAUCUGCUAUGAGAAGAAUGCUGACGUUGGUGGGACAUGGCUCGAGAACAGAUAUCCGGGUUGUGCCUGUGAUGUGCCCAGUGUUCAGUAUUCGUUUCCCUGGAAAGCAAACCCGCACUGGUCGAGCUUCUAUGCGACAGCACAAGAAAUUUGGAAAUAUAUGAAAGAUAUCGUGGACAGCGAGAAUCUCUCUCAAUACAUUCGCCUGAAGACCGCCAUCGUGGGAGCCUCGUGGAACGAGGACAUCAGCAAGUGGACGGUGAGCUUGUCGCAGGGCGAGGGUGAUGCACGUACGGAGUGGCAAGAAAACUGUGAUCUGCUCCUCAGCGGAACAGGUGUCUUGAAUGCAUGGAAGUGGCCGAAGAUCCCUGGGCUUGAUACCUUCAAGGGCGAUCUAUUUCACACGGCCCGCUAUGAAGAAGGCUACGACCUCACAGGCAAGCGAGUUGCUGUCAUCGGGGCGGGCAGCUCGGGUGUCCAGGUCUGUGCCUCUAUUUUCCCACGGGUCGAAAAGCUUUAUACCUGGGUACGCAGUCCUACCUGGAUCACAGCUUCUAUCGGGAAACAAUUCGCUGGAAAGGAUGGACAGAAUUUCAAUUAUACGCCGCAGCAACAGGAAAUCUUUGAGAAAGAUCCUAAACUAUACCAUCAAUAUAAAAAAAUGAUCGAGAAUGAACUUAACAAAAAGUUCAGACUGAUCCUGCGGAACACGGCAGAGUCGGAUGAAGUGAACGCGCUGGCGUAUCUAGAGAUGGACAGGAAACUGGCGCCCAAACCCGAGUUGAAGAAGGUCAUGAUCCCUACGAACUUCAACGUUGGCUGCCGUCGGCCCACACCAGGUAACGGUUACCUGGAAGCUCUUGCGAGUGAAAAGACCACGGUCAUCACAUCCCCGAUCAAAUGCAUUACCGAAAAUGGUGUCCUUGAUGCAGAAACCGGGGAGGAGUAUAAGGUUGAUGUGAUCAUCUGUGCCACCGGUUUCGACACCUCAUUCCGACCACGCUUUCCAAUUCAUGGCCUCGACAAUGUUUCGCUGGGCGACAGAUGGGCCAAAUUCCCCUCCAGCUACAUUGGGAUCGGCGUCGAUAAAUUUCCUAAUUAUUUCUCAUACCUCGGCCCUUUUACUCCCGUGGCGCAAGGCUCCAUUCUACCCAUUAUAUCGGGACUGACUGCUCAUUUUGUGCAAAUAAUCAAGCACAUGCGAGUACAGCACAUCCGCCGCUUGAGCCCCAAGCCACAAGCGGUCCUCGACUUUUCGGAGCAUUGCAGGACCUUUUUGCCGCGGACAUGCUGGGCGGACCCGUGUACGUCGUGGUUCAAGCAGGGCACCAAGGACGGAGAAAUCGUUAUGUGGCCCGGAUCCCGUCUGUGCUUCUUCGAAGUCAUGAAGCAGCCAGCCUUUGAGGACUACGAAAUUGAAUACUGGAGUGGCAAUAGAUGGGGGUACCUGGGCUCGGGUUUCACAGAUUACGAGUUCAACGGCACCAAAGACAAUACCUGGUAUCUGGACUGGCUUUCCGGCCGUGCGGAAUGGCAACAAGGCGUGCCCUUAGCUGAGGACCCAGAUGAAUUCCGGGAUAUGAGCUUGGGAGCCUUGCCAGGUACGAAAACGCUCGGGAGAAGGACCAAUGACGCUCCACUGGAGGUUGUGAACAACACACCUGACCCAGCUCGCUAG